GACAAGCUAGGCUCUAGUAAAACAGUAAAAGUCUCGAUGCCAUGUAGAGCAAGCUGAGUCUAUACGUUUGUGCGUGCUCGCUUUGUUUUUGUGUUAUCCCUGGCCGCUGUUGUGGCUGCUUGAUUUCUCGCUUCUCUCCUGUGCGUUUUGUUGCUUAUCGUGUUCUUGUUUGUAUUAGUUUUGGUCAAUUUUCUUGAACUUAUUUUUGGGAACACAUCCCCAUGCUGUGUGAUCAGUCGUGUUCAGUCUUUUUUGGUGCUGUUGUGGCUGCUGCACUGAAUGGACGCUGUUGUGCGCUUUGCACCGUACCAGUGUCUAGAGGCUAGCCUCUGUUCAGCAGCGUGGUAGCGCUGGUGGAACACGUCCGAUGAAAUCGGUGUGGAUCAAGGAGGAGCAUCCGCUUUUUACCACUCCCUUGGUAGAUCUCUGGCAGUGCGUGCUAAGUAGCGUUAUGCUUUCCUGAAGGUGGAACACGUCUUGUGAACCCUACCAGUGUGCCAGGCCAUUCCAGUCUCAAGAUGCUUGCCCAAUAUGAAGAUUUCAGCAGGUGUGCAAAUUCAUGGGAUUGGCGAGUGGACAUCUUGAAGGAGGAGUACUCCAAGCUGGUCAUGAUUAUUCACCCUGAGGUAGAUAUUCUUGACCGCCUGUAUGAGACUGAUAUCAUUCCGAUUCGUCUUCGGGAGCUCAUUGAGAGCAAUGGAAAGGAGGAGCGCUCCUCUGAAGACCAAGCCAAACGCCUGCUGCGUGAACUGCCUCGUCUCGGACCCCAAGCUUUCAAUCAGUUCUACCGAGCAGUGAAGAGUUCCACCCUGGAUGCUCAUAAGCAUGCCGCAAAGUUCCUGGAGAACAAACUGCAAAUAAAAGCCGACCGAAUGGCCGCAGAGAAACGGCAAGGGGCUGGUUUGAGGGAGCGCAAAUAUCGUUCCCACUAUCAACCUGUCAGACGUGCAGCGCCGUCUCAAGCCGCCCAGUCCAGUACCAAGUCUAUGACUGAAGUACACAAUGAUAUGGUGGUCGAGAAGCCCAUAAUGCGUCCAACAGCUUGCCCAAAUCCAUCAGCUCAUGCGGAUCCAGUAACACGAGAGUUUCACAGAACUCUAACAGAUCCAUCUGCAAGUCAACAUGGCCUGCUGGAUGCAUCUGGGGCUGGAGAUGGAGCACAUCGUUGGCCGGGGCCAGCAAGGGAAAGUUUCCAACGAGCUCCAAGGGAUCAAUAUCUGGAAAAGCAAAUGCCACGCACAACACACCCAGCAAGUUCAGCAGACUCGUCUGGUCAAAGUGACUGGGGUAGAGAUGAGGAAAAGAGGAGACAAAACCAAGACCGCCUUGGCCAGUUAGGUUCUGUGAACCGCAAGACAAAAAGGAACGCAGGCCCCAGUUCAACCAAUGUGGCUACAGACAGCUCACAAGCAAAGCCCAGUCCCGCAAAGCCACCAAACAAUGCUCAGGGCCAGUCCACUGGGCAACCAGGCGAGGAGGCGAUCAGUGAACGAGGCAAAGCGAAGCCUCAAUCAGGCUGCCAACCGCAGACCAACAGAGAGGACUCUUCAACAACUGCAGCCAUGUCCUCAGUUGCAAAUGCUGGUGAUACGGCUGCUGGCAGUGGGAGUACUGGUAGCACAGCUGCAGCUGUGAUUUCGGCCAUUGCUCGUCCUCAUGAUGAUACCGCACCCCGAGAACGGUUCUUGGACGUUCAGCAGCAAAACACCGGCUUAAAUCCUGCGUCGGCUGAACACCGCAACAAUAAAAGUCCAAGGAUGAUGUCACCUAAUGAGCCUGCGAAUAGCCCAGCACCCACAGGCAUAGGGUCCAGUGCAAAGAACAGUGAGCAGCAGAUGGACAUCAAGGGAACAUUGUUUCUCCGCAAGGAUUCGCUAGAGGAGGACGAGGAAGCAGCUUCUCAACUUGAUCUAAUCUUGAGUGAGGACUUUAGAGAGCUCCUGUCAAUGCCUGAAGACUUUGUCACCAGUGAUGCUGAGAUACAGAGUUUGCAGAAAGAAAGUCACCAAACGGAUGCGUUUGCAAUCAUGAAUGCUAGGAUGGUUGAUGACAGCAGUAAAGCUAGGGUGAUCACGGCUGUGCAAGAGGUGUUAGGCAAGGCCAAUGUCAAGGUGUACCCGUACUACUAUGCAGAUGAUGACCGCAGUCGACCUUCGCAGGAUGCCAAUGAUGGUAAUGCACAAGGACUGGGGGAUCGCUUGGGACAAGAGCUCUCAACAAGCACCAAAGCAUUGCUGCGAUCUGUGAGCGGGACCAUCUAUGUUGCCAUGCAGCUUCUUUGCACUCAAGAGCUGACCAUUCUUCAAUUGAAAGGCUGUCUUCAGCUGUGCGGAUUUUUGGUGCAGAAUUUCGAGCUGAAACAGAAGUCAGCCACAUUGUACUCAAGCGACUCAUGUUUUAGUGACAAACUUCAGCAAUGCCGGCAGACUUCAUUGUGCACUAAAAUCAACAUGCAUCGUAAUAAUCCUGCAUUUGCCGAAGUCAAGGCAAGAAUGAUGCUGGCACUGAACAUGGCAUGUGGCCGCAGAAAGGUGAAUGUACUGUCCAGCAACCGGUGCCCGAUUUUGUCCGAUCAAGAAUCGUCAUCAAGAAAGGCAACAAUGGCGCCAGUCCCAUCAGCGGACGUGUUUGGAUGGCACAUGUCUGUCGAUGUGCCGGCACCAGCAAUGUCGCAUCCACUUCCAACGCCAGUAUCAACAGCACAUCGCUCCUCAGUUCCACCUGAACAAAUCUAUAAUGCAGGUGUGGCAGCAUCAGCAGCAGAAGCAGCACCAGCAAUGGCAGCGGCAAUGGUGGCAGAGGACGCUGGAAGUGUUGACGCUUGGCAUCUCUCUUCGUCGUCCUUUGUGUCUGUGACUUCGACUGAAGGAAGCACGCCACUGCAACUUGAAAGUCAUAUGCGAGAAGAUGAGAUACUUGAAUACACUGAUGGCAGCAUGUCCACUAUAAGCAGUGAAAUGAUGGACGCAGAGAACUCGUUCUCUGCUGAUUUGCCAUCCCGCAGCGCCUUUGCAAGUGAACGGGUCAUCACAAGUUCUCGGCGCAGAUCACGGUCAUUAAUUUUGCAGAGUGUCAGCAGCCCUGACAGGAGACCGGGUCAGUCUGUGUCGGACAGUGAGUGGGAUAGUCCGGACAGAGCAGAGAGCACCGACUGGACGUAUAUCCGGGACCAGCCGCAGCGACCACCCUUGCCAACUUCACCAUCUGUGCCAUACUCCCGUUCUACCAGUUACAGCAUGGCCGUGUCCAGUGCAGCUUGCAAUCAUGAAGACAGCUUUGUGGAGAGUACCUACUCUUCUUCUUCCGACAGCAGCGUCCCAGUUGCAACGGAGCAGGCGUCUGAAAGUGACGAACUACACUUCAACAGCACAUCCCGUUCCAUAAAGGCGGUUUUGCAGAAAUCCGCCUCGCCAUGUGUCGAUGAAUCGCGUUCCACUGAGAUGGAAGUCACCACUUCCAAAGUAGCUACUGCCAGCCAGGAUCAUGACCGUUCAGGCGUAAGGACGACUGUGUUUAGCAGCACAUCGCAUGUCCAUGUUGAAGUCAAGCGUCCCACGGACGAGGCAGGAAGACACAAUGUAUCUGCAGGCGAUGCCACUGCGAGCACUGCAAUUGGAGCGACGUCUACUGAUGCAGGAAUGAUUGACGAAACUGGGGGGAAGGCCGCAGCUGUAGCCAGUGCAACCAAUGCCGUUGCGUGUGCUGCUGAUGCCAAUGUAUCGUAUACCCCCGAGUCACCUACAGCUGUCAGAGGCCAAGGCCAGCAGCCAUCACUAUCAAUGCAGUGCACAGAAACCACACCAACAACGCCCAACGGCCGGUCGAUUUCAAGACACUUUCAUGGCUGGCUGGGCUUGGGUGCUGUGCGCAAUGAAUCACCGUUGUUGACGAGAGGCAACUCCUCCACCCCUAGUGAAUCAGCUGCAAGUCCCAUACGACAGCUUGGUCGCCAGUUUAUGAGCAGGGUGAAGAGCUUGACUAAUAACGGUUCAAGCACUGCAGGUGUUGAGAGAAGACAGCGCUCCAAAUCCUGUGAUCAAGGUGUAGCAUUGCCCCAUGGAAGUGCCCUGCCCCAGGGAAGCGCCCCGCCCCAGGGAAGUGCCCUGCCCCAGGGAAGCGCCCUGCCUUAUCACACAAAUAACCAUGGUAACCAUUCUGCACCCAUGAACAUGAACAACGGAAGUCGAGCACUUGUCGCAGUGGCUGAUACUGGUGCACAGAACUCUAGCACUGCGGGCUUAGCCUGAACACAGCGCACCACACAACAUGUGCUUGACCUUCAGUCUGAUCCAAUGAAACUCGAAGGAUAUUGCUCCCAAAGAUCAUCAAAUGUUUCGCAUCUUCAGCAGCUUUUCAAGUGACCCCUUACCAUAUCUGCUUGAGCCUUGAACCAAAGUUAAUUUUCAGAUGUGUAGUACUGUUGACAAAUUUGCUAGAUUUUCGGAAAUCGGACGUAAUUUCAAGCACCGUUCCCGUGCCCUCUUUUCUGGUGAUAAGCAAUUGAAACACUACCAUGUUAACUAUUUGAUUGAUUUAUCCACCUUGAAAACAUAGCAAGUGUGUAUAAAUUA